GUGGCUUUCUUUUAACUUUGAAUCUCACAAUUGCUCCCGUGUUCUUGCCGUUCUGGAUCAUGAGCGAUUUGUUUUUUGUGAACUGCAGUCGUGAAAUCUUGAUAAGUAAAGUUCUUUAAAAAGCUUUUUUCUCAACGUCUUAAUAAUGUUGGAUUGGUUACUGACGAUAUUUUUGGGCUUGAUGUCCGUGCUGCUGGUUUGUGCUCUCUGUGGACGGAGGCGGAAGGAAGGUGAGCCUCCGCUCAUUAAAGGCUGGAUUCCCUUUCUGGGUAAAGCUUUGGAAUACAGAAAAAACUCUCAUCAGUUUCUAACAAAACUACAACAGGAGCAUGGAGAUGUUUUUACAGUACUUAUAGCAGGGAGAUACAUGACAUUUGUGAUGAACCCUCUCUUGUAUCCAUCUGUGAUCAAACAUGGAAAACAAUUGGAUUUUCACACGUUUUCCGACAGUGCAGCAUCCAAAGCAUUUGAUUAUCCACCAGUACAGAGUUCCCAGUUUCCUGGAUUAAAAGACGAGAUUCAAAGGAUGUACACCUUGUUACAAGGACCCGCCCUUGACCCUCUCACUUUGAGCAUGAUGGGAAAUCUGCAGCGGAUCAUGCGACGUCUCUUGUAUUGUAAUGAAGGGCCUAACGGUGAAUGGAGGGAGGCGGAGCUGUACGAAUUUUGUAAACGUGUAAUGUUUGAGGCCACGUUUAACACAUUGUAUGGACAGUCAACGCAUCUUCAGCUGGAUCAGCUUCGAGAGGACUUUGACAAAUAUGAUGCGUUUUUCCCUCUACUAAUGGCACGGGUGCCCAUCAGCUUGCUGGGAAAAACUAAAGAAAUCCGUGAGAAGCUGAAGAAUUUUUUCCUCCCUCAUAGAGUGGCAGAGUGGAAUGCUCAAUGCGAGUUCAUACAGUCCCGAGCGGCCCUGUUCCAGAAAUAUGAUACGCUUAAAGACCACGAAAUAGCAGCGCAUCAUUUUGCCAUGUUGUGGGCAUCGGUUGGAAACACUAUCCCAGCGGCAUUCUGGUGUCUGUAUUAUCUGAUUUCACACCCAAAAGCCCUUGCAGCAGUACAAGCAGAGAUUGUGGAUGUGGUUGGACAGGAGAACAUAGAGUCCAUUCUCAAAGAGGACAUCACAAUAACCCGAGAACAACUAGAUCAAAUGGUUUACUUAGAGAGUUCAGUGAAUGAGAGUUUACGUCUCUCGUCUGUAUCGAUGAACAUCCGUGUAGUUCAGGAAGACUUCUGUUUGCGUUUGGAUGCCCAGCAGUCCAUUAACCUGCGCAAAGAUGACUUCAUUGCUCUCUAUCCCCAAAGCACGCACCUCGACCCUGAAAUAUAUGAACAACCUCAGCAAUUCCAAUUUGACCGUUUUGUGGAGGACGGGAAGGAUAAAACAGAGUUUUAUAAAUGCGGACAGAAAGUCCGUCACUAUCGUAUGCCGUUCGGCUCUGGGGCAAGCCAAUGUCCCGGGCGUUUUUUUGCAAAUAAUGAGCUCAAGCAGUUUGUGUGCGUCACUUUGCUGAUGGGUGAAAUGCAGUUGCUACACGGCCAGCCGGAGCCAAUGCUGGACAAUAGCCGUGCUGGUCUGGGUGUUUUGCCACCUGCCAAUCGCAUCCCUUUCAGAUACAGGCAAAAACAGAACCCGAUGCACCCAGAGGAAUAAGAUGUAUCACAGAAGAUACUGUUAUCUGUCUAUAGACAUUUCAAAUCUAUGAGGUUCAGCACUGAUUUUGUCUUAGUAAAUAACACAAGCAAUAUUAUUCGCACGCAAUUAAAAAAUAAAGUGUCACACCAGGACAA